AUGGGGGUGGAUAUGACUGACAACGACAAUAAAGACAAAAAGGUGCCGCGUUCACCAGCUCAGAAAAGCACACCAUCGUCGCCUUCUUUCUGGUCUCUUCCUCUACCCCUUCGGCGCAUCUUCGAUCAGUUCCCGCUGGUGACAUAUCCCGCCAAUGCCUUGCCCCAGCGGGUUCCUCGACUUCGACACGAGAACAUCCUGUGCAUUUUCCAGUCUGAUGAGCCCGCGUCUCGGGAUGGUCCCUCCUUCAAUCCAUCUUGUCUGAAGUGGCAAGCCUAUCUCAAAUUCCGCGGCAUCCCUCUCCGCACUCGUUCCUCGAACAAUCAUGCCUCCCCAACCGGUGCUCUCCCUUUCCUCUUACCUGCCUCGAGAGACGCGAGUCGACCAGCUUCUCCGGUCCCGGCCAACCGGAUCGUGAAAUGGGUGAUAUCUCAAGGGGGAAAAGAGGAGGCAGUGCAUUCUCGCCAGGACGCAUACACGGCAUUGAUUGACCAUGCUAUAAGAAGCGCUUGGCUAUACUAUUUGUAUCUCGAUGAGGACAAUUUCCAGGCUGUGGCAUGGCCGCUGUACGUUGCAUCGGCCUCGUCGUCCUCGCCUGUCCGCCUGAGCCUGGCUCAUCAGCUGCAAGCCGCCGCAAGAGAAGAACUGUUGAAAAUAAACACUGUCAUCGACCCCCAACAACUCUACUCGCAGGCUGAACAGGCAUUUCGGUCAUUAUCUGUACUGCUAGCCGACGAUCAGUUUUUCUUCGGUCAAUCCACACCAGGUCUGUUCGACGCCAGCCUCUUUGCGUACACACAAAUUAUUCUUGAUAAUCACCUCUUCUUCGAAACACGGACAUUGAACUCAUCCUUGAAGAAAUACCACAACCUUGUCGAACACAGAAACCGUCUAUUGCGCGGAUUCUUUUCUGGUUGA